UUUUGUGCAUCACAGGCUUUUAGUAUUAAUUUUUAUUUUCAAAAGUAUUGCAUUAACAUUUUACUUGUAUUAUAUGAGAGCUGAAACUCUUAUAAGAAAACACAGGGGGGAAAUCUUCCUGACCUCAGAUUUGCUGAUGGAUUCUCAGAUAUAACACCAAAAGGACAAACAAUCACGACAACAUAGAUAAAUUGGACUUCUUCAAAAUUAAAAGCUUUUCUACAUUAAAGGACGCUAUCAGGAAACUCCAGAACUGUAGUAAAUAUUCACAAAUUAUGUAUUGUAUAAGAGUCUAGCAUCCAGAAUAUAUAAGGAAUUUUAGAAUGGGGAGAAUUUUAGGCUAGGCAUGGUGGCUCACCUUCAGCAACACAGCAAGACCCUGUCUCUACAAAAAAACAAACACAUAGCUCAAAAGCCCAAUUUAAAAAUGAGCAAAAGGGGCGCCCGUAGCCCAGUGGUUAGGGCGCUGGCCACAUGCUCCAUGGCUGGUGGGUUCGAACCCGGUCCAGGGCCUGCUAAACAAACAAACAAAAAUAGCUGGGUGUUGUGGUGGGCACCUAUAGUCCCAGUUACGUGGGAGGCUGAGGCAAGAGAAUCGCUUGAGCCCAAGAGUUUGAGGUUGCUGUGGGCUGUGACACCACAGCACUCUACUGAGGGUGACAUAGUGAGACUCUGUCUCAAUAAAAAUAAAUAAAUAAAUGAAAAUAAAAAUGAGCAAAAAAUUUGAAUUGACAUUUCUCUAAAGAAGACAUAUGCUUAGCAUGAUGCUGUGAAGGUUCGUUUGUACUGUUAAGUGAAAAAAGCCAGACAUCAAUGGGAGACAAAUCCUCACAAGACAAAGUAGGCAGUUGGGGGCUGGAGGAGAAGGGAAUGGGAGUGAGUGAGGAUGGGUCUCGGGCUUCCUUUCAGGGUAAUGAAAAUGUUUUGGAACCAGCUGGGGGAGCAAUGGCUCAUGCCUGUAAUCCUCACACUCCGGGAGGCCCAGACAGAUGGAUUGCUUGAGCUCAGGAGUUCCAGACGAUCUUGAGCAAGAGCAAGACCCCAUCUCUAAAAAUUGUUGGGCAUUACGGUGGGUGCCUAUAAUCCCAGCUACUCAGAAGGCUGAGACAAGAGGAUUGCUCAAGCCCAAGAGUUUGAGGUUGCUGUGACCUAUGAUGCCAUAACACUCAACCCUAGAGCUAUUGAAUGAGAGACUCUGUCUCAAAAAAAAAGAAAGACAAUGCGAUGUUUGCAAAACAUCAUGAACAUACUUAAUUCCACUGAUUUGUACACUUUUAAAUGGUUACUUUUGGGGCCUGGCAUGGUGUCUCACACCUGUAAUCUCAGCACUUGGGAGGGCAAGGCAGGGGUAUUGCCUGAGCUCACCAGUUCGAGACCAGCCUGAGCUAAAGCGAGACCCUAUCUCUAGAAAUAGUUGGGCACUGUGGUGGAAGCCUAUAGUCCCAGCUACUAGGGAGACUAAAGCAGGAGACUCACUUAAGCCCAGGAGUUUUAGGUUACUUUUAUGUUAACUUUAUCCCAAUCAAGAAAUUUGUCUUAAUAAGUUUUUGGUGCCCCUCACCUUUAAGUUUUGCACCUGAGGUAAUGCCUCCCUGCCCCCCUACCCAGUGUAAACUGGGGCCUUGGUAGAAGAAUUUGGCAACAUCCUCCUGGAAAAAGUGAAGAUGCCCAGACCCCAAGUUUCAAACAUUCCACUCCUGCAUGAUCAGGAGGCCCCAAAAGGUCAAGAACAAAACUGUGUGUGGCCAAGAAGCCUCUCACACAACCCAGGCUGGAGCUCAGUCACCCUACCUAGCACUUUCUCCAGGGUACAAGAAGAUGGCAGGGUGAAGGCUGGAGGGAAAUGCCUUUGGAGACCAUCGCAGGUGCAGGAACAACGCGGCAUUUUCUCUCCCUUUCCCUCACCCCUGCUUAGAGGCAAGGCCUUCCCUAGGCCCCCUGACCUAUGUCCCUGGGGGCCUGGGGCCAGGAGCUGGUGUCGGCUGGCAGGGCUCUGUGAGGGUGGGGAGUUGGGGGCACACUGUGGCUGGUCAGGUUGCCUUUCCUCUGCCUGAGGUGUGGCCUUACUGGAGGGAAGAGAGAACCAGGGGGGCAAGGCAGCAGGCUUUUCCCCAAAACCUGUAUCGAAUGGGCUGAAAACCUACAAACCUAGGCUGAAGGUUGUCCACAGAAUCCCUGCCUAAGUGAGGGGCCAGAGAUGACAGCCCUAUGGUGAAAACGUCAGAGGCGACACUGUAGAGCCACAUGCCCUCCAGGACAGCCAGCCUUGCAGACAAGCGCAGUCAGACGCUAGCCAGCAGCGACGCUACCCUCAUCGAGCAAUCCCUGCUGCCGGGCCGUGGGGGACCGAGGAGUGGGGACCCCUCCCUGAAGCCUCACUAGCCCCCACCGCCCCGUCCCAGCUGCUCCCUGGACCUCGCUGUAGCUGAGACCCUCUGCCCCGUGACCCUCGAUGCCGCAUACCCGGCUGUCCCCGUGAGCCCCGCCAUCCCGGCUGCUCUCGCGACCCCGCGGCAGUUGGGCCCGCCCAGGGCUCUCCCAGCUCCUCCGGGCGGGCGCCAUGCGGCCUGGGUCCGCGCUCCUCCUCCUCCUGGGCCUGAGCCUAGGCCUCCUCCCGCCUCCCGCGGCUCCUCGCUGGGCCCCGGCCGCCGUCCCCGGACCGUCGGCCUCGCCGUCCGGCGGCCUCUACAGGAGCGCUCCGGGCUCCGGAGAGCGCGGCGACCGCCCCGGCCUCAUCCUGCGGCCCCGCGCGGCCCGGGACGGCGGCGUCCUGUGGAGCGGCAGCCGCUACCUGUGCUUCCUCCGCGACGGGGCCGGCCGAGCGGGCGGCGUGCGGCCCGUGUCCCCGCGGCCCCGGGGCCGGUACUGCCUGGGCGUGCGCGUCCUGCUCCGCGGCCAGCCGGGCCCCGCCGCGCCCACGCGUGUGGACCUGCGCGUCCGGGCGCCCCGCGGCCGCCUCUCGCUGGCCUGGUCCGCCCGCCUGCCGCAGCCGCUCGGGGCCUUGGCCUGGACCUUCCAACUCCGGCUGUUUGGGCCUGGGGCAGCCAGGACGGCGCGCGACGCGCCCUCCACCGCGCGCCUCUCCCCGCGCUCCGCCCCGCUCGCCGACCCGCGCCCCCACACCGGCUUCGUGGCGCAGACCCAGUGCCCCACGGACGGACCCACGCCCAUCGUUCUGGAAGCGGCCGGCUCGCCCAGCGACACAGCCGUGCAGUCUUCCGUGUCCUGCCAGCUGUACCGCUGCACCAUCCAGAAGGUGAAGAUCAAUACCAACCACGAGGGGGUGCCUGUGGUUCUGGGGUGGAAGGAGUCGGCCACCAUCAACGUCACCAUUCUGCACGACUGCAUGUUCUUCCUGUCCAUGCAUCAGUACUGGCAAUUCUACUCCGUGCCCUCCGUGAACGAUACGCCCAACUGGACUCACCCUUUGCAUCUGCCACAAAUCAAGAUAAUGAGGAAUCCGUUAAUUAUACACAUCCCCAAAUCUUCUUUACCUCUGGGUGUGUAUAUGAUUAAUUUCACGUUGAUCAUCAACACAAGGAAUAAAAAAAUGCCUGUCCUAGAAGACUCAGAUGCCAUCUACCUCUGCGUUGUCAGACGUCCCCUGAGGGCCAUCAUUCUCGGAGAUGCCAAGGAAACGGUGAGCUUCACAGAUCAGCUGGUUCUGGACGGAUCGACAUCGUCUGACCCAGAGGCUGACGACCCACAAGAGGGACUCCGGUUUUCUUGGCACUGUACUACAAAUCCACAAAACUACCGCGAAGACCAAAUAGCAGUAAUGAGCAAGGAAGUCUGUCUCCCGGAGCAGGCCAAUCUCAAGUGGCCAGGGACCCCUGGCCCUGUGCUAACACUUUCGCCAGAAACACUUAAAGGAGGCCACGUGUAUUUUUUCAGAUUGGUGGUACACAAAGGUCACAAAACCGCAUUUUCUGAUAAAACAGUACAAGUGCUCCAAGGACCUACAGCUGUUGCACAAAUUUCAUGCAUCGAGAAUUGUGAUAGAAAUUUAAUUUCAUCAGAUAGAUUUUCUUUGUUUUUAAAUUGCACCAAUUGUGCAAGUCGCGAUUCCUACAAAUGGUCCAUUGUUUCUUCUUCAGGUAGUGAAAUGCUGUUUGAUUGGAUGGCACAAACGGUGACAGGAAGGAAUAGCACUUAUCUGUCUGUAAAAGCAUUCGCUUUUAGUCAUUUUCCGGAAGCUGAGUUUUCAGUUUCUCUCCAUGUAGCGAGUUGGAGUGGAGCUAGCUCAGUCUUCAGGCAUGACAUCAUUAUUAACCAUGGCCCGCAAAUUGGAGAAUGCAAGAUUAAUCCGACAAAAGGAGUUGCACUAUUCACUAAAUUUGUUGUCCAGUGUAGUAAUUUUAAGGAUAAUCACAUCCCUCUUACAUAUAAAAUAAUUGUUUCUUAUCUCCACAGUCUUGGUGAAAUCAGUUCAGUAAAAGAGAAUACCUUAGGGGCGAUCCUGUAUUUGGGCAGUGAAUCCACAGCACCCCCUUCCUUUCUUCCUGUCGGUGUGUUGGCUAAUCAUUAUGCCACGAAAAUAUACGCUCAGGUUUAUGACUCUCUGGGUGCUUUUUCUCAGGUGACUUUGUAUGCCACUGUGCAGGCACCUACUGACAAGACGUCAUCAAAGACUGUGCUGCGUCAGUUAUUCAAUCUCACCAGGGGGCCAAAUUCACUGCUGUCCACUUUGCUUCAAAAGCAGAACUUCUUACCUGCAGGUUACUUAAUGUAUAUAUUAGCUUCCAUUUUGAAUAACAUGAAAGCUGAAUCACCUCUCGAACGUGACAAACUCAGUCUCCGAGAACACCUCAUCAAUCAGUCUUACCUUCUUCCCCUGAGCACUUUGGUGAGCAUCAGCCAGGCAGUGACGACUAUAACCAAAUUAACCCAGAAACCCUCUGAACUUACUGGAGCUGCUCAGAGACACGGCACAGUGAGGAUGUGGCAAGCAAGUCAAGGCCUGCAAGAGUAUCGACGAGACGAUAAACACUUUAGAUCCGAACAAAUAGAAAUCGUAAGCACUGGACUAUUAACAAGUUUGUCUAACAUCCUUAAACUAACUGAUCGUCAUGAAAUAGUUAAAGAUCCUUUCUAUGUAAUAGAAUCUCUGUCAGACACAAUAUUGGCUAGCAAAGUACCAGGAAAUGAAACCACGGUCAUGAGAACCCCCAACUUUAACAUGUAUGUCAACAAAGCUGAAAAACGGGAGGUUACCCAGAUCUUCAGAAACCAGAAACACUGCCGAAACUGUUUCUAUCCAACACUCAAUGUGAGCAGCAUUCCCCAACUGCCUGCAAAUGCUCCAGUGUCUACAAUGUUUUGUGAGUUUGCAGAGGACCCCUUUCCUUGGUUAAGUGACCAAGAAAAUGCUUCAGUAAAAGUGGUUGGCUUCAGGAUGACCGGAGAACACAACAGUACCGUGAUAGAGAUCACACCCGAUGUGGUGGAAGUGUCCCUUUUCAGGAAAAACUUGACCUUUGCGAUUUUUAAUCUCACAGUGGGACCCAACAAGGAGGUGGAUGGGGCCUUGAAGAAGACGGUUGGGGCCUUUAGCUUUGAAGUGGACACCAGCGAACUGAGGGAGGUGAUGGUCCACAUCGUGACUCAAGUGACUGUGUUUUUCAAGGUGUUGGUGUACGCAGGCAGUCAGAUCACCUCCGCAGCUCUGGUCGCCAGCUUCCUUGUGCCUCAUGACAUCCCUCCAGUCGCCAGCCAGAGUGUCCCGUUCGACCCAGCCUGCCCAGUGAAGCAAGCCCGCGUGGUGUGCCUCUCACUGUCUCUGCUGCAGCUCAUAGCUCAGCGUAGCCGCUCGUCCCAGUGUACCGUGUCUGUGGUGCUGCAGGCACCUCGUUUCCUCCUAGAGCCCACUGACAAGCUAGUGAGGAUUUCUCUUUUCAGCAUUCAAUGCUUGGACAUGUACGGGAUCCAGGGUGAGUGGAGGGAAGACUACUGCGUUCCCGGUGAAAAGACCACCUUGGACGAGGUACACUGUAUCUGCAGGUGGCCAGCGAGGGCCAAGCGGCAGGCAGACACGUUCCAGCUAUCCGACCUCCCCCUGCAUACCCGCUAUGUGAUGGCCAGGGUGAUUGUGCUCCCCAACCAUGUGGAUCUGCGGCUAAUGGUCAUCAAGAACGUUUACCAGAACCCCGUGACCCUCAUCACUGUGCUUUUUAUUAUAUUCUUGUACAUGGUCCUGGCUUUCUGGGCCCUGCACAGGGAUGAAAUGGACCGGUUUCUCCGGGGACAUGCGAUAGUUCUACCCGAUAAUGAUCCUUAUGAUGACAUGUGCUACUUGGUCACUGUUUUUACAGGAAGUCGUUGCAGGGCUGGGACCAAGGCUGAUGUCUUUGUGCAGCUUCAGGGUACAGCAAGUACCAGUGAUGUGCACUGUUUAAGCCACCCUCAAUUUACAACUCUCUACCGGGGAAGCAUUAGCACUUUCCUCCUGACAACAAAAAGUGACUUGGGAGACGUCCAUUCCAUCCGUGUGUGGCAUAACAACGAAGGCAAAGCGCCUAAUUGGUAUUUAAGUCGAAUCAAAGUGGAGAAUCUGUUUAGCAGACACAUUUGGCUGUUCAUAUGCCGGAAAUGGCUUUCCACUGACACCACUUUGGACAGAACAUUUCAUGCUGUCAGCUCAGAUCAGCCUCUGAGAAGAACAGACUUUUUCUUUAUAGACGUGAGUAAAAAGCUAGGGAAAAGCCACCUGUGGUUCUCUAUUUUUGCUACCGUUGUUCCAAAACCAUUCAAUAGACUCCAAAGAUUGUCUUGUUGUUUAGCGAUGUUGCUAAGCUCUCUUCUUUGUAACAUUAUGUUCUUUAAUCUAAAUGGAGAAGAACAAACUGAGUCAACAGAGUGGCGCUACGUCAGAUCAAUGAUGAUAGGAAUUGAAAGCGUCUUACUCACAAUCCCCAUGCAAUUAUUAAUAACUUUUCUGUUCACCUAUUCCCAGAAGAAACCUCUAGUGAGUCUAGACAAGGUGUCUCCUCGGAAGCAACCCGUGACGUCAGAAGACAGUGGACAUUGGGAAGACCGUUUGGGAAAGUGGCAUGCUGACGAAACUGCUGCAACAGAGACCAGGGAGGCGACAGAGACCAGGGAGGGGACAGAGACCAGGGGGGCGACAGAGACCAGGGAGGGGACAGAGACCAGGGGGGCGACAGAGACCAAGGAGGAGACAGAGACCAGGGAGGCGACAGAGACCAGGGGGGCCGCAAAGCCUGUCUCCAAGAGAAAAUCUCGGCUUCCCAGGCGUUCCGUUAGAUCAACCUUUAAAUCAAAGCACCAGCAUGAGAAAGCAAAAACCAAGUCCCGAGAGAGCGAAAGACAAAAUGCAAAUUCCAAUAACAACAACAACAAUGCCAGUCAAGAUGUUAAUUCUGAAGAGCACUCUUCCCAAGAGAAUCUUCCCCGCGCUAUAAAAAAGCCCCAGAUUGUCCCGCCUUGGUGGUGUAUUUAUAUAGCAUGGUUCUUGGUAUUUGCCACUUCCAGCAUAUCCUCCUUCUUUAUUGUAUUUUAUGGGCUGACUUAUGGCUAUGACAAGUCAAUGGAAUGGCUCUUCACAUCCUUGUGUUCCUUCCUUGAGUCAGUCCUUCUGGUGCAGCCAGCUAAAAUUAUACUCAUGUCCGGUAUCAGGACAAAUAAUCCCAAGUACUGUAAAAACCUCUCGUGGUCAAGCCCGUAUCGUUACACAGAGAUCACGCUGCCAGGAGUGAAUAUGCAUCCUGAUGAAAUGCAGAGGAUACACGACCAGGUCAGACAACUCCAAAGCUCCAGGAUGUACCAGCCCCUCACAGAAGAUGAAAUUAGAAUAUUCAAAAGAAAGAAGAAGAUCAAGCGAAGAGCCCUCCUGUUCCUGAGUUACAUUGUGACUCACCUGAUCUUUCUGGCCCUGCUGGUGGUGGUCAUUGUCCUGCUGCGCCACACCGACAGCUUCUACUACAACCAGUUUCUUCAUGAUCAGUUCUCUGUGGGUCUUGCUGCCGUGACCAAGCUGGAAGACAUCUACAGGUGGCUGAAGAACGUGCUGCUGCCUCUGUUACACAAUGACCUAAACCCGACAUUCCUUCUUGACAGCUCAUCCAAGAUCCUUGGCCUUCCACUGAUGAGGCAAGUGAGAGCACAGUCUAGUGAAAAAGGGUGUCUACCUGCUGAAAACUUUGUGCAGAACAGCAUCAAAAGGGAAAUUCGUUGCCAUCCCGAAUAUGGUGUUGACCCAGAAGACACAAAAGACUAUUCUAGCUCUUGGAAUGAAAUUAACAAAAGGGAUACAGACAAGAAUAUCAACGGGUUUGCUUAUAAGCCUCAAGGAGAGCAAUGGGUGUAUUAUUCCUAUGGGUUGUUACAUACCUAUGGGUCUGGAGGAUAUGCAUUCUACUUUUUUCCAGAAGAGCAGCAAUUUAAUUCCACAUUGAGGCUCAAAGAACUUCAAGAAAGCAACUGGCUUGAUGAGAAGACAUGGGCUGUGAUUUUGGAAUUAACGACUUUUAAUCCAGACGUAAAUCUGUUUUGUAGCAUUUCCGUCAUAUUUGAGGUCUCUCAGUUAGGAGUUGUCAACACAAGCAUAUCCCUACACUCUUUUUCACUUGCUGCAUUUGACAGAAAAACUUCAGCAGAGGUCUACUUGUAUGUGGCCAUUCUCAUUUUCUUCUUAGCCUACAUUGUGGACGAGGGCUAUAUCAUUACGCAAGAAGGAGCCUCCUACGUGAGAAGUGUGUAUAAUUUGCUCAACUUUGCUCUAAAAUGCAUAUUUACUGUGUUUAUUGUGCUCUUUCUCAGGAAGCAUGUCUUGGCCACUGAUGUGAUUCAGCUUUACAAGUCGCAUCCUGAAAACUUCAUUCCCUUUCAUGUAGUUUCUCAAGUAGAUCACACCAUGAGGAUAAUUUUGGGUUUCCUAUUAUUUCUGACAAUUUUGAAGACCCUCAGGUAUUCCAGAUUCUUCUAUGAUGUGCGCUUGGCUCAGAGGGCCAUCCAGGCAGCCCUCCCUGGCAUCUGCCACAUGGCGUUUGUGGUGUCUGUAUACUUCUUUGUAUACAUGGCUUUCGGUUACCUGGUAUUUGGUCAACACGAAUGGAACUACAGUAACAUGAUUCAUGCCACCCAGACAGUGUUUUCCUACUGUGUCUCAGCUUUUCAGAACACUGAGUUCUCUGAAAACAGGAUUCUGGGGGUCCUGUUCCUCUCGUCUUUCCUGCUGGUGAUGAUCUGCAUCUUGAUCAACUUGUUCCAGGCAGUGAUUCUGUCUGCCUAUGAGGACAUGAAACAGCCCGUCUAUGAAGAGCCAUCAGAUGAAGUGGAAGCGAUGACCUAUCUGUGUCACAGACUUAGAACUAUGUUUAGCUUUAAGACCUCACAGGACAGGGCCAAAGAGGAGCCCAAGUUCUUUGUCAAUAUGCUGUAUGGGCAGCCAGAGAAGAAAAACCGCCGGUUUCUGGGACUAAAGACCAGAAACAUCAAUGGGAAGAAAAUGGUUUACCUCGUUGUUUGAUGAGUGAUGCUUUCAAGAGCCAUAAGCAAGUGUCUCCCCAAGUGCUGAGUUUGUGGGGUUAAGGGGGUUAAGGGGUGUUAGUGGUUCAGAUGUGCCUUCCACCCAUAUUCUUCACAGUACACACUCCAUUUGGAAAUAUCCCCACUCUUGGGAACGUGGAAGUCGGAGUGUAGGGUAGCAUCUGGGGGGAGGGUAGCAUCUGGAUCACAGUGCAGGGCUGCAGAACCCAUUUCCCUUUAGAGGGCAGUUACAGCUCCUGGUACAGAGGCAACCCCUGCAGCAGUCUGGAGGAUUGGAGAACCAGGUUUGAGGGAGGGAACUGAAGGGGCCCCAGCCUGGACUGGUAAGUGGAGUAGCUGCGGGGUUUCUCUGUCUCUGACCCCAGCUGGAAGUCAGUGGCCUGCUGCUCCAGCCCAGGGCUGCAGGUUCCUCUGCCUGAAGAGGCGUCUUCUGUGCAGACCAGGGCUGCAGACCCUCUCCUCCAGUCCUGCUGGGCCAGGGCCCCGUGGGGAGUUCCAGGACUUGCGUGUGAGCUUGGGAAUGCAGGGGCCAGAAGCCAGGAGAUUCCCAUUAUGCCUGCUGCAAGUUAAAGUAAAAUGUAAUAACAUUUUCUAACCAAGAGACAUGGCUUUUGUUAAACAUCAAAAAGGUGCAUAUGGGUUAACAUUAUAAUACAGUGAGUGUUCUGCAUACCAACUAUAGCAAUAUAUAUACAUCCAGGAUUGGGGCAUUAGGUUAUUUGUAGGUAUUUAGGAAUAAGAAAAAUGUAGUCUAUUACUCAAGAGAAACAAGGCCAACAGCUAUAAUAUUUCAUUCAGAAACAUGUUCGUUUAUGUAGAUGUCACUUUAAAUUUUGCCAGAAUUAAAUUUCAGAUUUCUUCUGUGAGACUUGAAGUGAUUUCUGAGUGAGGGGUGUAUACACACACGCACAGGGUUCACACUGUCCUCAAAGUGGACAGCCAGAAACAGGGACCGCCCACUCAGGAGGGUGGCUGCUCUGUACCCACCUAGAUGUCUCUGUCACCCUGAGUGGCACUGAAAUGGCCGUAGGACACCACGCCCCGCAGGGCCAUCAUUCCCUCCAGAGGGGACAUCUGAGAAACCCACAAGCCAUAGUCUGCUCUGCCAGGUGAGAGCAUGAGGGGGUCUAGGCUAGACCCAGGCCACUCAUACAGGUAUCGAAGGUCAGAAGGUCAGACUUGGAUUCUCUAAUUUUCCUGCUGGAGGUCGUAGGAGUAGCCCACAGGUUCUGAUUGGAGGACAUGCCCUUAGCACGUCUCUGAUCCACCUGACUUCUGGAUAGAAUGGGAAAAAGAGUCAGAAGGAGGAUCAAAUGAUUAAUUUUUGCUGACAGAAGCCGGAUGCAACCUGCUCCAAUGCCCUGGCAAUUGGGCUGCAGAAAGAGGGAGCUCAAGCCCCAGUUGCUGGUCACGCUGGGCAGCUUUGAGGCAGCGGAGACUGCUGGCAGGUUUGGAGUCGGCCUGAGAGGCAGCAGUCACUGGCAGCCCAGGAAUGAGCACUUGAGGUGGUCUGAGUGAGGACCAUAGACAGCAGUGGGUUCUGCUGAAUGAGACAAGAUUACCUCAACUUGGUGAAAAUGAGAGAUCUUGCAGUCGUAGGAUUUCAAUGACAAGAUUUUUUUUUUUU